CCCAAGUUGGUCGAGCCCCUCCCACCAUAUGACCACCACAGACACUAGUCAACAUGGCUGCUAUCUUCCUACUGUUUGACCUGCAAAUAAAUUUACAACAAGCUCUUCUCAUGAACUGAACGUGUAAACGACUUCACAGAGACCACAUACACGGCUAAAGGGACUAAGCAGAGACCAGGAUGUGCUCUGUCGUUGGAUGCGAUUCGGGGCGUCGCAGUGCGGAACGGUUUAAGAUACCAGAGGAUCCCGAGAGGAGACUGGAAUGGGUCCAAUUCCUCUUUGAAGUGAAUGGACAACAGCUCAAAGAGGCACACUGGACUGAUAUCACAAUUUGUGGGGAACAUUUUACCAAAGACUGUUUUGUGAAUCCGACUCCAGCGACUGGCACGGUCCAGCUGAAAUGUAGCGCAGUCCCAUCUCUGAAUAUCAAGACUGAGCCAGACGAGCCUGAGCCAGACCAGCCUGUGCAGAGUCUACAGUGCGUGGAGCCUGUCGAAUCCAAAGAUGCUGCUUGUCAGUGUGAUGACCUUCUGAUCUAUUAUAGUACAACUUCCCUCUCUGGAAAAUCAAUUCAUACUUUAACAGAAAGUCUUUUUUCAGUGUCUGACUCAUCUGAUGUUUCAAAUGCCAUUUCCCUUGGAUCCGACUUAAAAAAAGAAAAGGAUGGACAUAUACUGAUGAAAGGGAAGUAUGUUGUGAAUGAAAACUGCCUCCUCCAGUUGUUCCGCCACAAGUGCCCGACAUGUGACGUGAAACUUCUUGCUGAGAAGAUCACCUGCGGGAUGCUCAUCAUACUGAAUCAACAGUGCCCUCAGUGUGACUACAGAUACCAGUGGAAAAGUCAGGUCAAUGCCAACAUCCCUGCAGCUGUAGAAAAACACCUGAAACGAGGCACAGGUGUUACUUCAGAGACCCAACAGGAAACAGCAGCAGAAGACGACCCUAGCAGCAGAUUUUCCUCUGAAAUUAUUUCAUUAAGUGAUGAAGAAAGCGAUCCUUCAGAAGAAGGAGAAGAAGAUGACAAAGGUGGAGCGAGUUCAGAUGGGGAAUGGAAUCUAACUGAGGAAAUUUUGCUGGCUGAAGAGCUCACAAAGGAGUCUGAAGACGAAAGUGAAGGGGAAGGCGAAGAGGAAGAAGAUUUUGAUUCCCAAAGUGGCCUCAAAAUUAGUGAGCUCUGCACAGACUGUGGAAGUUUUUAUACUCUGAAGCCUCACACAUGCGAGUACAAAGUCAAACCCUUCUCCUGUAGCAUUUGUGGCAAAAGAUGUGUUACUGAGAUCUCUCUGAAAAUUCACAGCAGAAUCCACGAUGAGACCUACGAACAUCCAUGCAAAUACUGCUAUGUUACUUUCAAAACAAGGGUGGACAAACUAAAACAUGAGCAGACUCAUCAAGAUAGUCCAAGUCCCUACAAAUGUCCUGACUGUCCCAAGAUGUUUUCCAGCAUUAAAGAACGCAACGUACACCUGUCGCGCCACAGAACCCCAGACGGGGUCAAAUGUGGAGUUUGUGGGAUUGAAUUUAGUGAUUUGCAUCAUCUUCGGAGGCACUCAGUUGUGCACACAGGAUUAAAACCAUACAAGUGUUCAGUGUGCCAACGUAGCUUUAACCAGUCAAGCAACUUGAAAUCUCACAUGCGCAUGCACACAGGGGAGAGGCCUUUUCAGUGUCAGCAUUGUGACAAAUGCUUCAAUCACAAUGUGAGCUUGAAGAGUCAUGUCCAGCGGUACCACACGGAGAAUGUUGGGCUUGAUCGAAACAAGGGUAAGAGGCAAAAAUUGGAAUGUGACUCUGGUGUUGCUAAAGGCAAUGGGAAUAAGGAAGACUCAGACUAUGAGUUUGACAGUGAUGAAGAAGAACAAAGUACAGAGGAGGCUGAGCAAAAGAAAAGUAAAAAGAGACGCACAGGUAGACCAAGAGGACGGCCGAAGAGAAAUGCAGCAGGUGACGAUGUACUGUCUGGGGGUAAAAACGGCUCAAACAAUAAAACUACAAAACCAAAGGUACAGAAGUCAAAGAAAACUGUUUCCAGUGACGAGGAAAGUGAGAAUGAGCAAACAGACAGUGAUGCAUCCUUUGACACAGCAGAAGAGGUAGAAGAGACAGGAGGGGGGACGUUGAAGAAGAGCAAAGGGGGAUCAAGAGGACAGAAAAAUGACAGCGACAUUGAUUUUGAUCCAGACAAAGAAACAAAGAAAAGGAAGAACAGCAGCCAGAGCAGUGGAAGGAGCUCAGGCAAGUUAAGAGGCAGAGCGAAGAAGAAUCUAGAGGUCUGAAUGAUGAUGAUGAAUUUAUUUGGUGUGCGCCACUAUAGUUAAAAGAAGACAUUAACACUGAAAGACAAUAGGGACUGAUCUGUAUUCCUUGAUUGUAUUAACGUUUUUUACCUUAGAAACAAAACAUCCAUGCAGGCAAGCAUCUUUCUAAAUUGCUCUGAUUUUGAUCACUCAUUUGCUGCUAACUGUUGUUUGGAUCAAAGGACUAAAGUGGGAAAAGUGGAUUAUCCAGAGCUGAUGAGCUCCUUUCAGUGUUUGUUUAAAAUCAAUAUUAUGGUAGUCAGAGAGGGUGACUCAAUAAGUCAGAAGAAUUGUUUAGAAAAAAAAAAAUCAAGCAUUCAUUAUUGAUUAUUGGGUGUGAGAAGGUGAAUGGGAGUGUUGGGUAAAGGAAGUGUUAGUGACAAUGGAAAAUUUGGGUCACGACAUAGAGGAUAAAAAUAGCUCCCAAGGCGAAACACAAUAACACUUGUAUUCUGUAAUUCAGUCAGAGCACUGAAGCAUAAUCAAUUUGUCUUUUCUCAAUUACUAUCAGGCUGUUGAAUAAUGUACAUCAGCUAUUGAUCAGAUUAAUAACUGUUACAUGUUUGGUUUUAAAAAUCAAUCGCACAAAUUUUACCCAUUUGCUCUGUAAUGAUCUUUUACAAAAUGCAUUAAAACCUAAUCAAACUA